AUGGAUCGAGCCAUGGACUUGAGGGAUAUGGAUUUUGAGUCGGCUAUUGUCGACGACGAAAAGGACGUGGACCUGGCCGGAAUUGCUGCUGCCACAACUCCACACCUACUGGGCCGCUCGCCCUUGUCCAAGACGCGCUCCAUGUCGGACGGAGGAGGCACCCCGUCGAAGCUCACCCCUUCGCCGCACGUCGCUGCCGACGGUCGCCAGGCUUCCAAGGACGACAACCACAUCAGGGACACGGCCACGGCCACGGCCACGACGCCCGUCACUCCCCAUCGAUCCGAGUUUCCCCUCCGCGGCCUCUCGCUGCAGAUGCCCAUCGGACGCGACCCUGCAUCCCCCGCAUCCACUACCCCGUCUGCCGCCUUCACAAAACCCGCACCCCUAUCGCCCAAGCUCGACCACUCCCAAAUCUACGCAAGCCCGACCAACAUAUUACCGCGUCGCUCCCGCGGCCUUGACUUCUCCCGUGCCGCCACCAGCCUGCAUCACUCAACCCUCGCCGAGUCGUCGCCCGACUCAUCGCCCACGAUGGGAGGAAGAGGCAUGAACAUCCCCGGCCGCAGGAGUAACGACUACGGCCAGGCCGAACAGACAACCAACUCUCUCUGGUCCAUGAUGGGCAACCACGAACGAAUGACCGUGUCCAGCUCUCUGGGUAGCGCGAACCAACUGGGGUCAGAUUCUUCCUCGACGUCCGACGACGACGACCUGAUGGACGAGGAUACCGAUGAGCCAUAUAUCGGCACCCCGCAGACCAACAAGACCGCCUCAGCGCUCGGCACGCAGCCCAUGAUGGCACCGUGGGGAGGCUCUCCCGCAAUGAAUAGCCUCAUGAGCUUCCAGCACAGGCAACGGCAAAGGAAACAGCCCAAGAAGAAGCACAAGCUGCCGCUGGGGCUUGGCUUCAGCCCCUCCACCAACGCCGGGGUCUCAAAAUCGCCCCCCAACACCAUGCCAAAGGAUAUCUCGGCCCAUUCGCGCCGUGAGAGCAUCAGUUGGCAGGCCAACCAGCUUCACAUAUCCGGUAGCGAGGAAGAGCGAGGCGACAACAUCGACGGCCUUCUCACGACUCCCAGUCGUGACGGACAGCGUCCGACCGUCAUGCGACGCGUUGUCACACGUCGCGGGAACCUGCUACCCAAGACGAAGAAUUUUGCGCGUAUCAGAGCGGCCUUGUUUGAGGAAGGCGCCCCUGUCGAGACGGAAACCCAACGAGAGGCCGAAGUCGUUCGCCAGGUGCGCGAGAGCGAUGUUGAUCUCGGGGGACCGCGUCAGCAGACGGCACCGGCCACGACGCAGUCGUCACCGAAUCUCGGCCACCAAGACCAGUCCUUGGACGACAUACCGGAAAGCAUGAUUACCGAAUCGGCCCUUAGUCUCUCGGGCAGCUUUAAGCAACAGGCAUUGAAGAACUCCAAGGGUACCAAGUUCUGGGACACGUUUUCCGAGUCGAGCAGCAUCGGCACCCGCACAACGCCGCCUCCCCCGAACGGCCUGGCCCGCGGCUCGUCUUCUGGCAUGAGCGAAGACAUAUGCAUGGACUCGCCGUCCCUGGGACCCACGGCUGGCUUCGUCAUGGCCGCCAGCAGCGGCGAGUCCCAAAAGGGCGACACCCCUCUGCUCGCCCAAGGCACGCAGUCGGCGCCCAGUGCCGCGGACAUUACACGACGCAUCAACAGCAAGCGCCGGAGGGACGACGACAACGACCCAGUCAGCCUCAAACGCCGGGCCGUCAGCCCUGGCAUGAGCGUGCACAACUCGCCCAUUAUGCAGAGUCCUAUGCAGCGCGACCUGGCGCCUUGGGGGUCGCGACCAGGCAGCAACAGCGGCGACCGUGGCGGGAGCGGCGCGCCGAGCGAGUCGGGUAGUCUAGGCGGCGGCGGCACGCCCGGCGGCGGCGCCAAUGCCAACGCCAACAACGCCAACGGCCGGGCGAACGGUAAUAAAGGACGUGUCGGGUUCCAGGGCAUGGUCGAUACCCACGACGGUCUGAUGCGGAUGAGCAUUGAGUGA